AUGAACGAAUACAUGAGAUUUACUCUUGGAAAUUUUACACCUUCUCAAAUGGUAACUUAUGGAAACUAUGUUAUAUAUCUAACAGAAAUGUGUCUUUUAUUAAUUGGAAUUUUGGAAAUGACAAUUCUUACGGUAGCAAUUAGUUUAACAGCUUGUCUUCAUCUAAAUCUUCGAAUUUUAUUGAUUAAUUCAUGUGUUGCUUUUAUAAUUAUGGGAAUUGGUCGAGCAAUGAUUGCUAUUCCUCUUUGUAUUGCUCAUGUUACAAAUUUAGAUAUUUCAAGUGAAGUUUCCCACAUCAAUUCAUCUUCCUUAUUUAUUCUCAAAUUUUUAGGCCAUACAUAUUGUUUUAUUGCAAAUUCAGUUCAUCAUGCUUCAGCAGAUGCAACUUGUUUUUCAUUUUUCUUUAUAAUGUUGGAACGAGUUGCUGGAACUAUUUGGUCAAAAAAUUACGAGAAAAUCAAAUUUCAUUGGUUUUCAAUUAUUUUUGCUUUUUCUCAAUGGUUUAUCCCAUUUAUCAUGAUUUUUGGAAGUUAUUUAGAUCGAGCAAAUCGAAUGGAUAUAUUUCAUCGAUUUCCCCAUUUACCGUGUCAAAUUGAGUAUUUGACUCCGAAAUUGUUCAUGUUAAAUAUUUAUUGUAUUGCUUUUGGUUACCUGAUAGCAAUUAUAGUGAGCCUAAUAUUGUUUUUGUCUGCAGAAAAUGUAAUUUGUUCAGGGUUUAAUAAUAAUUUUCAAAUUAAAUAUCAAAAAGUAUAAUCGAGUUGCAAUAACAAAUUUAAGCGAAAGAUAUCAAUUAUCAGAAAAUAUUCGAGCAACUCAUUUAUUAUUUCCACUGUUAUUUCUUAUGCUUAUAUUUUCAGCAUUUGGUGUUUCAGUUUUAAUUUAUGGAUCUUAUUGGAUGUCAGUUAUUCUAGAAGAUCCACGAAAUUAUGAAAUUGGUGCUAAAUAUUUCGGAAAAGGUGCCGAAGCUUCACAGCUUUUUGAUAUAAUCACUGCGUUGUAUACAAUAUCUUUUCCGAUUUGCACUUUUAAAUGUCAUCCGAAUUUAUUCAAUCGAUUGAGGACUGUUGUUUGUAACACAACACCGGUAAGAAGCAUUUUUGAAAAUUUGUAAUUCUUGACGUUUGCGCGAGAACCGUAUUGUGCUACAGUAAUCUCAAAAAAUUGAUUUCUACAGUAAUCCUAAAAAUUGGACCAAAUUUCUAUAAAUUUUGAGCUACCUCUCUAUAAAUUUACUGGAAAUUCAAAUCUACAGUACCUUGAGUUAGUUGUGAAGUCUUAAGAUUUUGAACUUCAGUCAGAAGUUUGUGCAUUUUUUGAAACUGCUGGAGGCUGCCCAUAAAAUAAAUACGUGUAAAGAUCAAAUAUUUCUUGCAGUCAGUUCGACCAUCUCAACUAAAUAAUAUUCGUGGUUUCGAAAUGACAACAUCAUCAAUCAGUGCGCAAACAGCUUUUCAUUUUGAUUCCCUUCAACAAAUUUGGAAUGCAUAA